GACUCUAGAUCAUUGAACCUUCAAAGAUGGCGAAUGUAGCUACAGAAAAUUGGGAAAUGUUGUGCGAUGAAACACGACUUUCCAGGACAGUCUUGUCCAGUAUUGCAGAUAGUAGCGAGGAAGGGAAGUUGGCAUUGAAAGAAAUCAGUGAUUAUGUAUCACGAGAAAAAUUUAACAAAGAGAAAUUAGUCUCAAAUCUUCAGAAUCUUCGUCGUUCACGUGUCAAUGCAGAUCAACAAUUUAAUCAACUUGAAAAGCAAUUGAUUUCAUGCAAUAGUAAAUUGGAACAAGAAACAAAAUCAAAUGAAGAUUUAAAGAAACGUUUGGAAGAGACAGUUGAAGCAUUGGCAUUGAAAUCCAGACAUUUAAGUGAAGUAGAGUCAUCAAAAGACGAAGCACUUACAAAUCUUUCCAAAGUCUCACUCCAAAAUGAAAGUCUGGAAGGGGAGAAAAUAAACUUUGUGACCACAUUGCAGAGAAAAAAUCAGGAAAUUGACAGACUCAAUGAGGAAUGGAAAACAAUGUUUGAAAAAGUGAGCCAUGCAAAUAAUCUACAAUGUGAGGCAAAGGUCAAAUUGGAUGAACUUACUAGUAAAGAAACAUCUUAUCAGCUUAAAGAAAGAAGACUAGUUGAGGAGAAAGAACUUUUGAUGAAACAAAAAGACUGGUUUGAAACACAAUUAAAAGAAAAGUCUGAAGCUUAUUUCACUUUGAGGAAAGAAAAGAGCUUAACUAUUGCCCAGCUGCAAACAUCAUUAGAUGCAAAAAUUGAUGAGGCAAACAAAUUAGAGACUUUAAACGAGAACUUGAAAAAAGAGAAUGAGGACUUAAAGACUAACCUUAACACUUUUGUUGAUAAGUUAAAAGAAACACGUGACCACUAUGCAAAGACGGAGGAACAUUAUAAACUGGAACUGGCCUCUCAGAGUAAACUUGCUCUAUUAUACAAGGAUUCUUCUGAAUCGUCAAAGUCAAAAUGUGAUGAACUUGUGAGCGCAGUGGAAGAACUUCAAAAGUUAUUAAAUGAAGCAAAUGAAAAUCGUGUUGAAGUUGAAGGAAAAUUUUCUGAAAGUGAAGCCAAUCAAGAAAAUAUUGUUAAAGAAUAUGAUGAGAAAAUACAAACGCUGGAGAAUGAAUUAAAAAACGCCAAUGAUUUACUAGAAGCAGCUCGCCAACGAGGAAUGGCUCCAAUGUCAGCAGAAACUCUAGCGGCUCUCUCUCCUACAGCAGCUGCUACUAGCGCUUUCUUAAAGUCAGGAAUGACAUUAACGCAGAUUUAUAACCAAUACAUAGAGACUCUUGAUUCUCUGGAAAUUGAAAAGGUCGAGAAUGGUCGUUUGAAAGGCUAUCUUGAUGAUAUAUUGAAGGAUAUUGAAGAGAAAGCCCCAUUACUUCAAGAACAAAAAAAAGAUUACGAAGCUGCUCUCAUUACCAUCGAUAAAUUAACGACAAAACUUGAGAAUGCAAUGAAGGAGAUGGAAAAUUUCAGCAUGGAAACAAGUGAAGCAGUUCAGAAAUCUGAACAUUUACGACGUGAAAAUGAAAGAAUGAAAAUUCUGACGGCAGAUCUUGCUUCACAGGUUAAGGUGUUGCUUAAAGAAUGUGAAGAAGCAAGAGGCUCUGUUGUUAGCACUACAUCAAGUAUGGGCUUAGAUGAACUUACUCAAUCUUACAACGAAGUAUCCAGCUCUUCAGAAGUUAUUUCCAAAAGACUUGUUACAUUCAGAAAUAUUGAAGAACUUCAAGAACAAAAUCAAAGAUUGUUGACAGUGAUUCGAGAACUCAGUGAAGAGAAAGAAAAAGAAGAACAAAGAGAGAAGGAUAAUAAAAUUCAAAUUGAUAUGAAACGUAAACUGGAUGAAGCAUUACAAGAACUUGAAGAAUUGAAAGAUAGUCGUCAAAGACAAACAUCAAUGGUUGAAGCUGUUGUGAGACAACGAGAUAUGUAUCGUGUUUUACUGGCAAAUAAUGGUCACACUCCGAUUAAACCUCGGCAAUUGUUGGAUGAAAGUCAGAAUUACGGAGAAUCUUCAAAAACGGACGAAACUGGCAAUGCUUUGAGGGAAUUGCAAAAACAAUUUGAGGCUUACAAAAAUGAGAGAUUAGCCAAUGAAACGGAAAUAAAGGAAAAGAAUGAAGAACUACAGAGUACUAUUGCUCAAUUGAACAUUAAAAAUGCCCAAAUCAUUUCACAGCUUGAACACGCCAAUGACCGUUGCAAGCUGCUGGACAAUAAUAAUGUCAGUUUGAAGCGUGAGGCAGACGCUUUACGAGAUAAAUGCGAGAAGAUGUCUUUGAGCUGCGCCAAAAUGGAGGUUUCGUGUGAGAACAGCAAACAGGAAAUGAUGGAAACGAAAGAAAGAUUAAUGAGAAGUGAGGUGAUGUAUGAGAAUUUAACGGAAGAAAAAAAUAUUCUAAAGCAAGCGGAGGCAAGACUUUUAGAAGAGAAUAAAUCUUUAGUGAAGCAACAAAAAGGACAGAAUGUUUUGUUGACCAAUCUUCAAACAAUACAGAACAAUCUUGAACGACAAGAGUACGAUACACGAUCUCGUCUUACUAGUCAAAUUGAUAGGCUUGAACAAGAAAUUGUCGUUCUUAAACAGAAUUUGAAACACGAAAAAGAACAGAAUGACGACCUGAUUACAUCGUUGAAGGGUGAAAUUGCUGAAGAAAAACGAAAGGUAGAGAAUGGAAGUAUUUUACAGAAGGAAGCAGAAAAUCUUGUGGAAACACUGAAAUCUGACUUAAACGAUGUAAACGCCCGGUUAUCAGAAAAAGAAUCUUUGCUGUCUGCAAGCGAGGCAAGACUGAAUGAAAUUUUAAAUCGAAAUGCUAGUGAAAAUCAAGAUGACCCGUAUCUUCAAACUUUAAAAGACAAGGAAGAAGAACAUGCUAUAGAGAUGGAGAAAAUGACAAACAAAUUUAACGAAGCGGAAGCCAGGAAUAGCGUUUUAGAGAAUCAAAUAACGCUUUCGAAAAAACAUUUGGAGCAGUAUAAAUCUAUGUUGUCUGCGAAUGAAGAAGCAUUGACGGAGCUCAAUAAUACAAGUAAAUUAUUCGAAGAAAAAUGUGAAAAUGAACAAAAAGAGAAAGAGAAAGAAGUUGCAUCUUUGAUGAAGUCACUAACGUCUUCACAAGAAAGAAUCACAAUCUUAACAACAGAAAAUGAAAAAUUGAAGGAACAAUUAAUGAAAGAAACAGAGAGCUUACAUAAAACUAUCGAUAUUUUAACAUCAGAAGCCAAAGAAGCUGUAAAGAGAGCAGAGCUUUCACUUGAGCAAGAGAAAAGAACUUCGGAAAUUUGUGAAGAACAGAAAGCAUUAGCGGCUGAGACGCAAGGGAAAUAUCAAAACGAGUUGUUGCAUCAUGCUUCAGACGUGCAAGCCUUGACAACAGCAAAACAACAGUUAGAAGAUGUUGAGUUGCGUCUUGCGGAAGCUGAAAUGAAUAACAAGAGGGCAGAAAGCAGUUUAAAUGAAUGUAAAGCAUCUUGGGAAGAGAAAUACCGACUUCAAGCUCAAGAACUUAGUAAUAUUGUUAGUCGUUGUGAAGAACUAACCAAUCAGAACGCAUUACUUCAUGAACAAGGAGAAAAGCUUUCACGGCAAGUCUUGGCGGCCCAAAAUCGCUCCAUGAAUGAUGGAAAUGUCGAAAGUAAGAUGCUUGAAUCAGCUCAACAGUCAGAUAAUCGAACUGUCAACGAUUUAUGGGAGGUGAUCAGGUUUGUCCGUAAAGAGAAAGAUAUAGCGGAGACAAAAAGUGAACUGCUGCAAUCAGAAUGUGUUAGAAACGAACAAAGACUUCAAUUUAUUGAGAAGCAACUUCGCGAUACUGAAUCAUUACUUGAGAAAGAAAAAGAAAGAACGAAAUCGUUGCCUGUUGAUGACGCAGAGUACGAAGAGAUCAUGAAGAAAGUAAAAAUGUUCACUGAAGUGGAGGAAACAAAUAAAAUUUUAUGCAGUGAAAAGGAAACUUUACAAAAUAAAGUGGAAGAAAUUGAAGAUCGGAUGAAAAAGUCAGAAAGUAAAAUGAUUUCUUUGGAGCAAAAUUUGAAGAAUUUAACGGAACAAAAGGACACUUUGGUUGGUGAAAAAACUGGAAUGAAAAAUGAGAUCCAACGCUGGCGAAAUCGUGUGAAUCAGUUGACAGAACAAACUAAAAAUCAAGGAGAUCCAGAUGAGAUUAAGAAAUUACAAGAAGAAAAAAAGCAAAUGGCAUCUCAACAUAAAUCUGCUUUAGAUGAAGUAGAGAAAUCCAAAGCAAGGAUGGAAGCUAUGCGUAAUGAAAUCACAAGGCUACAGGCUGAAAUAAAUGUGAUGAAGACGGAAAACAGCAAAACUCAAGAAGAAUUGAAGAAUUCAAAAUCGACGAGCACAGCCGCUUUAGCAAGUCUGUCUGAGGAAAAAGAAAAGUUGGAAAAAGAAGUGAAAACAAAAAUGGAAGAAUUACAGGAGAAAGCAAAGUUUAUUCUACAGUUAAAGAAACUCGCAAAGCGUUACAAAACACAAUAUGACGAAGUUGUAGCGGAGAAAGAAGUAUUGAACAAAAAAUUAUCAGAAGAAAAACCUGAGUCAGAUGUUUUAAAACAAGAUGAAACAAUCCAAACUUUGAACUCAGAGAAAAUUUCAUUACAACAAGAAAUAGAAAAAUUAAAUCAGAACUUGACAACAUUCAAGGAAAAUGAAGACAAAUCUAAGAAAACUUUGAGUUCAGCCACAAAGCGCAUUCGUCAGUUAAUGACUGCGAAAGAAAAAUUAACAAAUGAAGUUGAUGAGUUAAAGAAAUCAAUGGAAAAAGUUCGAGAAGAAAGUGAAGCUGCAAGCAGCGAACGUGAAAUGCGUUUAAGUGCUUUAUCAACACAGUUUGAAGGUAAACAAUCGCGAAUGGAGAAAGAACUUAAAGAGAAGAAUGAACUUAUUGAAAAAUACAAAGAAGAAAAAGCAAAGAUGGAUGAGAGAGAAAAGGAAAAAGAUAGUGAACUGGAAAAACAAAAGAAGCGACUUCAGCAAUUUGAACGUGUUAAUCGUCAGGCUCAACAGAAAAUUAAAUCCCAAGCUACCACAAUUGCUACAUUGACUGCUUUACAAUCAUCUGGGACAGCAUCUUGUGCUGGGGGAAACACGGGUGUAAGUGAGGAUACGACUCAAGUGAAUACUACUUUACCUCCUACUGCUGCCGUCAAACCUACUGCAACAUCCUCUACACCUUCUUCUGUACGAUCCAUUGUUACUCCCACUGCUAGUAUUCGUCCAAUGACUUCAGCUACAGUGCAAGCUACACCAAGAGCAACAGUACCUCCAACUGUAACUGCACAACCUUCAGUUUCCCCUAUUGUCAAUACACAGUCAACGAUAUCCCCUACUAUCGCUACACAUGUCGCAGUAGCCACUAGUGCAAGUACUCAAGUUGCUCUACCAUUUAACAUGACGUCACAAUCAUUAGUAACUUCACCAACGUCUGUCACAACACAAUCUGCGGUUUCUGUUACUGUCACAACACAAGCCACUCCAUCCUUGAAUAUCAUAUCGCAAUCUACGAGUACCCCUAUUGUCCAUCCAUUACCUUCUGUCUCCACUGUUGUAACGUCGUCUGCAACAGAACUUUUGACAACACCUGUCAGACCGAUGGCCUCUUCUGUUAUGGUAACUAUGACAUCAACACAAAACAUUGAAGACAGAACAUUUGAAAUCGUUAGUGAUGAACGUCCAUCGACUUCUGGUGAAAGUCAACUUACCGUUACUGAGUUGAGUUCUGAUGAAGGUGCUAUCUCCAAGACAAGCAAAGAUGUUAGAGUUGCAAAUAAGCGAUCACGUGACUAUGAAAGCUCAUCAGAGUCUUCACUCGGAGUUCAAGAAGCCAAAAAGUCAAAAAGAGAAACUGUUCCUGAAGUGUCUGACGUUAUCGAUGAAGAGGAUGUACUUGAUGUAAUGGCAGACGACGAUGAUCCUAUUGAAGAAGGGGAAAUGUCAAAACAUGUUGUCGGAGAGCUCAAACCUCACGAAGUUGAAGAAAAAAGAGAAGUUGUAUUUAUCGAUGAUGAAAGUGAAGAAGAUGAUGAAAGUAAUAAUGGAGACGAAGCUGAUGAUGAUGAUAGAAAAGAUGAUAUUGAUCAACAGAUUGACAUUGAUGAAGAUGAAGUUGUUGAAGUUAUUGAUGAUGAUUGUGAUGACGUUGAUGAUAUAGAUAUUAAAGAAGAACUUGCUGAUGAAGAUACAAACGAAGCAAGAGAAGUCACUGAAGAAGAAUGUGACAGAACAUUAUUACACACCGAAAAUGUCGAAAGUACUAGCUGUCUUGGUGAAAGGCCAUCACAAAGUCAGAGAAUACGAGAUGUUGUGAUAACAACUCAAAGUGUAUCUAUUAUAACACAACAACCAUUUAUUCGUUCCCAGUCUCAUCUUGCACCUUUCUCAUUAACGCAGGCUCAGUCAAGUUCUGGAGGUUUUGAUGAAACUGAUGAUUGUACGGUUCCUAGUACUCCAACGUUAUUUAUACCAAAACGAACUGAUGGUUUUGGUGAAAUGAUAAGUUCUCCACGUGUUCACCAUCCUUCAUUUUUGUUUGGCUCGACAAGUGAGAGCAACCAAUCUGACGGUCUUGCUAUGGGAAUGUCAGAAGAAGGUCUUCGUGUGGAUGAUACGAGAUUUGAUAUUAUGGCUUCAUCAGGCGAAAACGAAGAUAGUGAUCUUAUUCUUGAUAAUGUUGUCCCUGAUUUAGAUGAAGCAACUGCCGUCCAGUUGACGUCAGAUGAUGAUGCUGGAGAAUCUUCUGUGAUUACUGCUAUAACAAAUACUGAUAUUUCUGAACAAAAUGUGCCAGAGACUGGGGAGAAGUUUGAAUGUACAGAUAUAGUGGAGUCUGGAACAGAGGGAACUAAGGAUGAGCAAAUAGCGUCUUCAAUACCUGAGCAAAAAACUGAAAUAAAAGAACCCGAGGAGGCAAGCUCGUCCAGUAGUAACUCAGCAUCAUUAGAUAGUCAGGAAUCUGGUACAAAAGAAACGGAGGAACGACAAUCAACUACAGUAUUUGAACCUUCGACAUCUAGAGGCAAAGCAACAACGAUCACACAAGCUCGAGCUAAGUCAACAGUCGUUCAACUAAGAAGACCACUUCCUCAAACAUCUUCAGCAGACGACGUUCGACCGGCCGUACGUGGACGUCGACAAAUACGGAGAAAUCAAGGUCGUGGUCAAUCAGCUCGAGGCUUGAUACGACGAGGUCGUGCUAGACAACGUGAUAACUUAUAAAGACUUUACAUAAGUUAAUGGAAGAAUAGUUACAGAGACUUGCAGAAAAUAUCGUGUAAAGACUUUACUUUGAUGAAAUAAUUCUGGUUAUUUCAUCACAGCUUUCUCAACUCUUCACUUUUAAUUAAAUAAUGUUAUCUUAGGGACGUUUCGCACAUUUUUUGUAAAUCUGCAUAUUUUUUUUGCUCAUGCAGUUGAGUUUUAUUAAACUUCUUUAAAUACGUA